AUGAUAUCAUAUAAAAGUAAUAAUGGGAUGUUAGUUGAUUUUUACAAUAUAAUACAAUUAAGAUCACAGAUUGGUGCUUUAUAUCCUAUAGACAAAGUUAUUGAUAACUGUAUAAAAUUAGGACUACAUAAAUCUGAAAAUCUGCAAAUUUUAUUUGUAGAUGAAAUUCUAAAUUAUCAUUUAUUUCUAAAGUUUCCCAUUUCUCAAAAAUAUAUAAUCAGACUCAUAAAAAUUUUGAUUUCAAAAAUUGAAGAUAAUAGAUACCAAAUAUCUAAUGAAUUAUUGGGAGUAUUUACAAAACUUAUUUCUGGAAAGGAAUUGAUUAAAUACAGUAUAGAUAAUUCUAUAAAUAAUCAUAUAAUAUUGGAAUUUAUAGAUUAUAAAUUGGAAUUUCUAAUAUAUAAAGGGAAUAAUAAAUUAAAACAAGAAGAUAAAUAUAAAGAUCUAAAUAAGGAUUAUAUGAUAAAUAAAGGAUUAGAUUCUAAAUUUUACUCUAGUAUAUAUGAUCGUCUUCCAAAUUAUGAUUUAAAAGAAAAAGUUUUAAGUUUUAUUUUUAAAUACCAAGAAACAAAUGAAUUAGGAAUGAGACCUUGGGAUGCAGGGAUAUUCCUUGCAGAGAGGCUUAUAUCUACAAUAAAUGAUCCUGAGAGAUCUGUGAUAGGUAAAGAUAUUAUUGAAUUAGGGAGUGGUAUUGGUGUAGCAGCAAUUAUUGCAUCUAAACUUUGUUCUAUCCGUAGUAUUUGCACAUCUGACUAUAAUUUCACGAUUAUUAAUAAUUUAAAAUAUAACUUUUCAAUUAAUGGGAUUUUAGAAGAUCCUAAUAUACAAAUAUAUAGAAAUAAAGAAGUGGAAUGGUAUAAAUGGAAUGAUGAAGAUGAUAAUAAAUAUAACACAGAAAUAAAAUUUAAUAUGAUAAAUAAAGAUGAAAGUGAAGGGAUUUUGAAUAAGAAUUUAGGAAAUAUUAAUAAUGAAAUUUCUGAUAAUACAUUUACAAAUAAUUAUACAAAAGAAGAUGAUAUCAAUUUAAAAUUUUCUUCUAUAUAUUUAGACUGGGAGACUUUUAAUGAAAAGAUAGCUGCAAAUAUAUUAAAGAGUCGUAUAAGACCUCUUAUAAUGGCAUCAGAUGUAAUAUAUGAUAAAAAAUUAAAUAGUUUACUUGUUAAGACUAUCCAAAUAUUUUUAAGUACUGGGUUUAAAAUUUUAUAUGGGUGUAAUCCUCCAUCUUUAUCUUUGAACAAUUUCUCUAAUAAUAUAUUUGAUUCUGAAAGUCCUAAAUAUGAUAAAUCUAUUUCUAAUAUUAAAAGUGAUUCCUUAAUAUGGACGGAUUUACCUCUUGUAGAUUAUUCAAAAGCAAAUCCAUAUUGUAUGAUAAUAAAUGCUAUUCGUUGUGAAGAUACAUUACAAGAUUUUGUUGAUAAAUGUUAUAGGAAUGGUUUGACAGUUUGUAGAGAUCCAAUUACUAUACCAAGAUUAUUUUAUUAUGAAGUAGAUAUAGAUACUAUUAUUACUUUUAUUAUUUAUAAUAAUUAA